AUGAAGACUACUGAGAACCAGCCAGAGACUGAGAAAAAUGGCUCUCAAUGCCUUGUUACUAUGAAUUCCAAUGUCACACUUUCUGAGCCUGAUGAUGGGAAAAGCUUGCUGGAGUUGGAGAGCUCUGAGAUUGAGAGUUUCUAUCAGAGGCUCAACAAGUUGCACAACUCAUCUGGGCUGAACCUUCUUUUUGAUCUCAGACAAACAACACUUGACUUGCAUCUAUUUUACAAAGAAGUUAUUGAAAGAGGAGGAUUUAUUCAGGUUACCUCAGAUGGGAGGUGGGGUGAAGUUGCACUGGCCCUAAAAUUAGAUGGGGAGAAUCUGCAGGAUCCUCAACCUCUUUUAAAACUCUAUGCAGUCUUUCUCUACCAGUAUGAACAGCUUUACUAUUACAGGGAACCUCGUGUGAAAGCUGCUUCGACUCUAGGUCAUGCUUUCUACAAUACUGGAGAUAGCUCAGCAAUGGAAGGGAACUGUAGGGACAACUCAUCUCCGAUACCCAAUCUUGAAGAUGCUCUUGUGGAGAAGAAGAUGGUGCCCAAAGAGAAUUAUCAACUAACAUUGAUGGGUUCUACAUCUGCCGAACAAAAGCAGUUUCCCCAGCUGCGCUCAAAGAACAAAGAGAUGAAGAAACGUGUCGGUGCUCCACGAGGGGCACAAAGUGCAUAUCAUAUCUUCCUCAAGAUAGAAUGUGAGCGGUUGAAAAGUACUGAUUCAGGGAAAGUGAAGGGUCAAAAUGUCCGAUACAUGGUAGACAACGCAUGGAAGUCCCUCUCUGCGAGUGAGAAACAGCCAUACAUUGAGGCAAGUAAGAAGGUAAGGGAAAGAAGAGUGGCUCAAGAAGUGGCUGCUGAUGAGGAGAAAAUAUUGACUUGCCAGAAGAAGACCUCAGAGAAUGGGUUGACUGGAGUCAAUGAUGUGGUUCAAUGA